AUGGCAAAAAGGAUUGUAGAGCCUUUUCGAAUUAAAAUGGUUGAGAACAUUAGAAUUCCAACGAGAGAAGAACGUGAGGCAGAAUUAGAAAAAGCUAGUUACAACCUUUUCUUAUUACCAAGUAGUGCAGUGUACAUUGAUUUGCUAACAGAUUCCGGUACUAAUGCCAUGAGUGACCAUCAAUGGGCUGCUCUAAUCAGAGGAGAUGAAUCUUAUGCUGGCUCUAGGAAUUAUUAUGACUUAAGAAAUAAAGUGAAAGAGUUAUUUGAUUAUAACUUUGUGAUACCUACACACCAAGGACGAGGAGCAGAAAACGUUAUGUUUCCAGCUUUAUUGAAAUACAAACAACAGACGUAUAAUGUCGAAAAUCCAGUAUUUAUUUCCAACUUUCAUUUUGAUACAACAGCUGCUCAUGUCGAACUAAACGGUGGCAAGGCGAUUAACGUCAUCACAAAGAAAGCAUUAGAUUUUGAAACCUAUUAUGAUUGGAAAGGUAAUUUUAAUAUUGACGCAUUAAAAGAUAAAAUAGCAGAAUAUGGUGCACAUAACGUUGUUGCUAUUGUAUCCACCGUCACUUGUAACAGUUCAGGCGGACAACCAGUGUCCAUGAGUAACCUAAAAGAAGUUUACGAGGUAGCCAAUAGACACAAUAUAUUUGUUGUAAUGGAUUCGGCACGUUUCUGUGAGAAUGCAUACUUUAUUAAAAAGCGUGACCCAAUGUAUAAAAAAACCAGUGUAAAGAAAAUUAUACUAGAGAUGUUUAAAUACGCUGAUGGAUUAACUAUGUCUGCGAAAAAAGAUCCACUUUUGAAUAACGGGGGCAUGAUUUGUAUUAAAAAUAAUGAAAUAUUGUUCCAAUAUGCCGUACAACGCUGUAUUCCAAUGGAAGGAUUUAUUACUUAUGGGGGGUUAGCAGGACGUGAUAUGGCUGCAAUGGUAAGAGGACUUGAAGAAGGUACUCAAGAGGAUUACCUUCGUUACCGAAUUGGUCAAGUUGAAUAUCUGGGAGACAGAUUAAGGGAAGGCGGCAUCCCGAUCCAAUAUCCUACUGGCGGUCAUGCAGUCUUUAUUAACUGUGCGAAGUUAGUGCCACAUAUCCCUCCCUAUCAAUUCCCCGCUCAGGUUGUAGCUAAUGCGCUUUACUUAGAAUCAGGUGUGCGAGGUGUUGAAAUUGGUUCAUUACUGCUAGGAAGAGAUCCAAUAACCAACAAGCAGAAACACUGCAGUAUGGAAUUUUUGCGCUUAGCAAUUGCUCGUCGGGUAUAUACUAAUGAUCACAUGGAUUAUAUCGCCGACGCGCUAAUUCGUCUUAAAGAUAAAUUCUUAACAUUGACCGGUUUGAAUUUAGAAUAUGAACCCCCAGUGUUAAGACACUUUACGGCAAGAUUAAAACCUAUUAAAACCAUAAAGAAAAUUGUGAUGCCUGCAGCAGUGCCACCCGUCGAAAAUGGCGCUCCUAGCAGCGAACUCGAACAGCUCCAGCUACGCGCUGGACAGGUUACCGAUGAGUCUUUGGAGUCCACGCGGCGUAUGAUGCAACUAUGUGAAGAGAGCAAGGAGGCCGGCAUUCGUACUCUGGUCGCUCUAGACGACCAGGGAGUGUGUGUUAGCGGCGAGCUGCUACGGUCGCCGCGCGCGCACGCCGCCGUCCCUGUUGCGGUACGGUACGAUGCGGGCGCGGCGGCCGCGCGCUUGCCCGCACGCCGCGCACGCACGCCGCCCGUCGCCUCCACCGUAGCGCGAAUGCUCUCGCGACACGCCACGCUCGCCGCACUCGCCGCUGCUCACGCGCACCGCACGCGCGCGCGUCUCAGUCACGAGGUGGGCAUGAAAACCCUGGUCAUGCUGGAUGAACAGGGCGAGCAAUUGGAUAGAGUCGAGGAAGGCAUGGACCAGAUCAAUGCUGAUAUGCGCGAAGCUGAGAAGAAUCUUUCGGGUAUGGAGAAAUGUUGCGGCAUUUGUGUCCUGCCGUGCAACAAGGGUGCAUCAUUCAAGGAAGACGACGGGACGUGGAAGGGCAACGAUGACGGUAAAGUGGUGAAUAACCAACCCCAGAGAGUAAUGGACGAACGCAACGGUAUAGGUCCACAAGCUGGAUACAUAGGAAGGAUAACAAAUGACGCUCGCGAAGAUGAAAUGGAAGAGAAUAUGGGACAGGUGAACACUAUGAUCGGUAAUCUUCGCAACAUGGCACUCGACAUGGGCUCCGAGCUGGAGAACCAGAACCGCCAAAUCGACCGCAUCAACCGCAAGGGUGAGAGCAACGAAACGCGUAUAGCGGUGGCGAACCAGCGAGCCAACAAACUUCUCAAAUCUUAA